AUGACUAUCGUUUGCUCGCUGGGAACCGAUUUGGAACGCGUAAUAUACUCAGUGCUUCCCGUCGUGAAUCGUUGUUCCGUAGGUGUUGCUUGUGAUGAAGUUUCACCGCGCGUUGAUUCAGUACGUGGAGUGUGUUGGACCGCCGUGGAUGACGAUUCGGUGGUAGUAGGAGAGGUCUUGGUGGGUGACAAGGAAACAGAGCUUGUCGUAGUGAGAGGCCGAUCUGUGACUGUUGUUUGUUGUAUGGGAACGGUUUCAGAGCUUGAAGUAUGUUCAGACUCCUUCGUAGUGGAUGCAGGGAAGGACUCGGUUGUUUUGAACAGCUCUUUUGUCGUUGAAGGUUGGUCGGUGGUUGUUGUUCCUGAUGCAACCUCAGUACGCUGA